GCCGUUCAUCAACCUGCUCUGAAAUCCCCGAAGAACCGUAAACAAAGAGAUCCAGUAGAACAGGGUCACGGAACCGCAGCGCCUGCUGCCGUAAACAUCAGCUUAUAAGCAGGACACGUUGUUGGUCGAGCAUGCCCAGUAACACUCAACUCCUGGAGUCAGACGAUACCGAACCGGAUCUCCCGGUACCGGUACAGAACCUGAGUGGGUUGAUCCUCCUAGAUGAUGAGAAUCAAACCGAACCACGUGACUUUUCUCAUCUGGGUGUCCUGGGUGCGGUUUUGGACCUCCAACCUUUGUCCCAAACUGGAUCAGAAGAUGAGACCAUUAACAACAACAACAUUAUCAGACAUGAUGGUGAUCUAGACCAGCUGAGGGCCCUGGCUCUAGAACUCAAUGGCAUGGAGGCCCCAGGGUCUGACGGGCUCUUCCAGGACGGGCUGGGCGAGACCCAGGUUAACCAGGAUCAGGGGAGGCUUAUGAUGAUGAUGAUGAUGAUGCAGGAGGAGGGUGAGAGGUCUUCACUCAAUGCCAGGAGGAAGAGUGUCAACACUACAGAGUGUGUGAUGGUGCCCACAUCUGAACAUGUGGCAGAAAUAGUUGGCAGACAGGGUUGUAAGAUCAAGGCUUUGAGAGGGAAGACGAACACCUACAUUAAAACACCCGUAAGAGGAGAGGAGCCAAUGUUCGUAGUGACCGGAAGGAAGGAGGACGUCAUCAUGGCCAAAUGUGAGAUUCUAUCUGCAGCUGAACACUUCUCCCUUAUCCGGGCAUCACGGAACAAGCUGUCUCCAGGCCCGGGACUCAGCAGCAUCCCUUCUUGCCAUCCGGGCCAGACCACCAUCCAGGUGCGAGUUCCGUAUCGAAUGGUGGGGCUUGUGGUCGGACCAAAAGGAACAACAAUUAAGAAGAUCCAGCAACAGACCCACACCUACAUUGUCACGCCGAGCCGCGAUAAAGAACCGGUGUUUGAGGUGACAGGCAUGCCUGAGAAUGUAGACCGAGCUCGAGAAGAAAUCGAGGCCUACAUCGCUCUACGUACUGCCGGGAGCGUGGAUACCAGCGUAGAUGAAGACGACUUCCACUACAACGGCACUGACGUCGGGUUUGAGUCGGGCAGCAAUGGAGCCUGGUUCUUCUCCAGCGGUGCAUCAAACUUCAAUGCUAACUACUGCAACUUCCGCGUCAACGGCGCAGGGUACCGCAACAACAGUUCCAGCUCCCUCGGAAGCAACUCCAGCGAAUCUUACUACAGCGGCAAAGGUAGUGGAAAGGCGGAUCUGAGCCCCAGCAGUCCGUACGGCAGUAAUGGUGGUGCCACCUUCUGGUUUGGUGAUACUCAGAUACCCUUUGGAUCCUCUGAAUCUGCAGGAUACGACGGGCUGUCAGUGUCGGAUCCAUCUUCAAAUCAGCAGCCGGUGUUGUGGAGCACCUUAGAGCGUGGAGGCACCAGUUUGCCGACUACACCACGGCUUUCUCCUUCCCUACUCACCCGAAUGUCUCCAUCUCUACCUGAGGCAUUGGAUCAUCCGCUGGUUCGGUUGAUGCAGGAGAAUUCCCAGAGCCUCCCAGCCUUUGGUUCCGCAUUCUCCCCAUCUAGCGACAGCACAGGCUCCAGUUCCCCGCCGAACGUGUACACCUACUCCAAACUCAGCCACGUUCCUGUGUGCGUACGUUGUGGCAGCGGAGACAACGUGGCAGCGGUUGUCCUGGGUGGGCCAAACCUUCUCUGUAUCGAUUGUUCCAGCGCCAUCUUGCAAAGCGCGUAGAGUCUCUCCCAUCUCGCUCCAAACAUCUGAGCAACAUACGAGAGAGAAAACAUCAACUUAUACCAGAGAAGGGUGUCAACUAAUGAUAAUUUGGGAUCACAAGAAGUAAAUCGUUUAUUUUUUACGUUGAUGCUUUUCCUUGUUCAAUUAUGUUUAUAAGAGUGGGAAAUGCAGGUUUAGAUCAAUAAUCAAAAGUUGAGUUCAUCUCAAAGAUUUCCCUUUUACGUUCAGCUGCUACAUAGUUCGUUUUUAUGGCAAGUAGCGCUGGGGUUUAGUAGUGCUAGACUGCCAUUAUCUACAUAUUUUCUUUGUUUUCUCGUUUCCAAGGUAUCGAUUCUUUGUUUACAUUAUACGUGUGCCUGAUUCCAUGUCAACGUUACAUAAUAGUGGAAUGGGCUGGCAGUGUUGCUGCAAAAAUGGUUGUGUUUAGAUGGUUAACCUAAUUCCCUGAAACUCUCUUGAGAUUUGUAUUUGCCACUACCAAGGUUAGGUGUACGUUUUGUGUGGGACUCCAGGUAUACUUAAGUGUGUGGAUGUUGCAUGUAAGGCCACGUCCACACCAAUAUGUUUUAGUCUGAAAAGGCAUUAAUUUUGCUACGUUUACACCUUUCUUUCGCACUAGAACAGCAGUUUUGAAAACACUCCCAAUACCACACACAUUGGAAAUGAUGUUGGGAAACUGAAAACAUGUUUCAAACUUAAACAAUGUGGACGUGGCCUAAGACAUUGGACGAACGAGGGUUACCAUCUAAACACGACUCUGUACAAGCAUCUAUGGUUUCUGUUUUCCCCACACUAGAGCCGAGAAGCAUGAGGUCCAAUAAGAGCGAGAGAUGAUCUCCUUACUUUCACCUCACGACCCUGAUGUCUGCACUCAAAACAUCUCCAUAAUCAUUACAAAACUUGGAGGUCAUAAAAUGGCAGCACAUCACUGUAGCAAAGUAAUUGGUCCUCAUUCAUGAAAUGCAAAGGGAACUGAUUUCAGGGCAAAUAGUUUGUAAAGUAGUUCUUAAGGACUGCAAAUUGGGCCUCAUUCCUGAAAGAGCAGAACAUAUUUCUGUGUAAAUUGCUCAUAAAUUCCAUUCUUGUCAAAUUGUUGCAUUUAACUCAAUGUGAUCAUGUAUGUAAGCACUGACUGAGCGAUUACAAUUGUUCAUAUUUAACGAAAAUUCGAUCUCAACCUGAAUUUUUCAGGAGUGAAUUUGGUUUUGGAAUGUGGUUGUAAAUUUGGGCCUCAUUUAUGAAACAUGAGGUGAACUAUUUCUGUUCAAAUGGUUCAUAAAACAUUUCUUACGUAAAUAGUUUCAUUGAAUUUGAUCCAACAAUUGACGUAAUCGUCAAUUUUAGGAAUUUACAUAAUGGUUUUAUGAACGAUUUACACAUUAAUUCUGCUCGUCUUUCACAAAUAAGGACUAAUGUCGCAUUCAACUCAAUGUGACAAUUUAAGUUAGAAAGAUUUCACGAAUGAUCGUUUCCUGAAUGAGGCGCUUUACGCGAUUUGCAUCGUGGUAUGUGUUCGUAACAACUCUUCUCAUUGCCUUAACUGAACCGAUCUUGCCGAAACAGGUCUCUUAGGACCUGAGAGUUAUUUGUGUCUGAGAGAAUGAAAAGUUCAACGAUGAUUUCUUAAAGCGCAGUUUUUGACACGGCUACGGUCGCCUUUUUUCUUGAUCUUCGCCACUAAACUCAGAGAAACUUUAAGGCUUCAGUGAUCCACAACCUCUCAAGUUAGACUUUUUUUUUCACACUUUUGUUGUAUUUCUGUAGUUUAUAUUUCAUUUCCAUAUAUUUAUAUCAAGAUUAUAUAUAUAUAUAAGACUAUUUGGCAACAGUUGGCUGCUGUUUGCAUAAGUAUUAGCUUGUAGAGUAUUGACGUCAGGUACUAUAGAGCAGGAAUAUGCACACCUGCAUGUUCUUAUCUAACCAUUUCUAAUCUGCGACAAAAAAGCCAAGGAUCCAUACACACACUAUAUAUAUAUAUAUAUAUAUAUAUAUAUAUAUAUAUAUAUGCUGCAUUAGAUUUGCAUACUACCAUAUUAUGAACAAUAUAAAAGUCCUGUGUUAAACAUUACUAGGAUUUUUUGUUUAUCAAAGAGAUUUUUACUGUCACUGCUACAAUGUUUCUGUAUUUGAUAAUUUUACUGUUCUUUUAUUAUGUAUAUAUAUAUAUAUAUAUAUAUAUAUAUAUGCAGGGACAUUAAGGCAUAUAAGUUGUAUUCUUAAAGUUUAAAAUAUAUUUUAUGAUAAAUGGCCUUACUGUCCUGUGGCCAAAGCACUGAUAUUAUAUAUUUGCUGUAAAAAAAAAAAAUUAAGAUUUUUAUUUUUCUGAUAUUGAA